CCGCGCGCAUCCCCCACGACUCGUCAUUCUUAUCCUCCCCACCACCCCGGUACCUUUAUAGCUCCCGAUCCCCCCGUCCUCUUCCCCCAAGCUGCCCUGCAAGCAAACCGUGAUCGAUCGCAAACCAUUCAUUUACACUGCGUUCGUGCGUUCGUGUGAUCUGUUGUUCGUUUGAGAGAUGGAGGCCUACGUCUUGUAUCCGAUGAGCACCGGGAGGAGGGAGCCCAGCCGCGAGGAGCAGGAGGAGGACAUCGGAUGCCCGUCCGACUCCGAGAUGUCGGCGACGGACUCCAUGUUGUCGUCGUCGGGGGAGGACCUCGAGGACGACGCCACCUCCAGCUCCAGCUCGUCGGGUUCCACGGAAAGCUUCGAGAUGUCCUCGCUCAUGGCGCAGCUCCCGCUCAAGAGGGGGCUGUCAAAGUUCUUCGACGGCAAGUCGCAGUCCUUCGCGUCGCUCGCGGCGGUGGGCGGGCUGGAGGACCUGGCCAAGCCGCCCAGCAGCAAGCGCCUCAAGACGUCGCGGAGCUGCGAGGUCGGGCUGCAGGACGCGCACCGCAGGCGCUUCGCAAGCCGCAAUGCCGCCGCCUUCAAGAAGGUCUCCAAGGGGCGCCUCUCCGUGCUCGGCAGGGCGACGGCCAACAAGCUGACGCUCCGGCCGGCGGUAACGGCGACGGCGAGGCCACAGGGGUUGCCCGCUCUGCUGUUUGCUUAGGGGUUUUGCCCACGGAUCAAGCCAGUGUCGGCUGUGGCGUGCGUGUUCCUGGAGCGGUAGGUGCGGUUGUUACGUGGAUUUUGACACGGUAACGAUCGGGAAAAGUGUGGUAGCUUUUAGAUUGCAGGUGGUCGAUGCAUAUGUGUAAAUACACAAGUGAGAAGAGAUAAAGCAUGCUGUACAAUUCCUGGUCUUAAUGCUUUCAGUUUCAUCGCCUAA